AGAAAAAAGAUGCCAGACCAAACACCAAACACAAGUCCUCUGGUAGAUGCCUUUUGCAGAGGAAUUAAGGAGAAAAAGGACAGUGUAAAGAUUUUAGAGACUAGCAGAGCAUGCAAGGCACUGAGCUCGUUGUACCCAAAAGUUGCGAUUCGAAAGAUCCUUAUUCCUGCAGGGUCUCGCAGCUCGCUCUUGGCCAAAAAAGAUAAAGCUCUCAAGUCAGAACAGGAAAGAAAUGAGAAGUGUCUGAGUGUAACAAGAGCACCCUUUUCUUGUGGAAAUAGUUGGGAACAGGAAACUGACUGUAUGGCUCUAGAAGACACUAGUUCAGACUCUGACAAAUGGGUUUCACCGGAAGCUGAUACUCGAAAAGCCUGUGCUAGAAAUAAUGGCACUGUGAACAGCACAUCUCUGUGCCAAAACCCCGGUCUUCCCAUGAAAUUUCCUUGCAUUCCAGCUGACUCUGAGUUUCGGUUGUCACUGGAAGCUCUCCGCAGAGAAAGGAAGCGGAAGAAACAUAGAAUGAAACAAUCUAAGCCUGUAAAGCCAUUCUCAGGAACAAGUGUAUCACAUCAGGGAAACGGAUGUCCUUUAAGAAAAAUACCGUGUUCUGGUUCAAGGGAGACCGCCUCAGAUGACCCAUCUCAACCAAAGCAGGUUUCAAAACAUGAGGCAUCUCCAAAUGGACUGGGAAUGUCAUCUGAGAUGCAGAAGAGCCAGCCUGUUCCUUCACGCUGCCUUACAUCCAAGAUAUCUUCUGGGCAAUCCAAACAAAUAGACUUUCCUGGGAAAAGGAAACGUGCUGCCACGAGUGUGGAUGCAGACAGCUCGAAUCAACCUGAACUAUCACUUUUGAACGACCCUGCUUUUAGUGGAUCGUCCGCAGAAUGCAAAAAUAGGAGGUCUGACUUUGUAAAAAAUAUCCUUUUAAAGUCUACUUGCGGUAACGUCCUGCAACUAAUGGAGGCUGCUGCUCUACCUAGGUAUGAUUCUGCUCUUCCGGAGGAAUACCUCAACUCAAGUGAUGAAAAUGAGAAAAAGAAUUGUUCCUCUGGAGAUUUGUCAUCUUCAUAUUCUGCACAUAGUCCUGGUAAAAAUAACCAUAUUACUGCUGUGGAUACCAAAGAGAAUCAGCUGCAGGUGGCUAACUCAUGCUUUUUCUUGGAAAAGUCACUUCCUUUUUCUCAGGAAAAAAGUACUGUGUUGCCUUCUCUCUACCACUUAACACAAACAAAAGGUGUGGAAUCUCAUCUCCAGGAUGCUGGCUUAUCUCAGGUAUUGGAUGCUACGAAGGAGGAAGAUGGGAAAAGAGCAGAAAGACACACACACAAUAAAGCUUACAGUAUUCACUCGGGCAACAGUUUUUCAACAGCAAAAGACAAGGCUUCAGAAAACGCUUCUGAUUCUUGUUCAGCGGAAGGUUCUGGGAAACUCACACUCUCAGAAGAGACUGGUAAAAGUGUUCCCCGUUCGUUGUCUUUUAAAGAAGGAUGCACGGACAGUGGCCAUACAUCUUCACAACUCUCAGGAGAGUUAAACGCCGAAAGCACCUGUACAGACAAGUCCAAGUUGAAUGGAAAAUCAAAAAGCAGCUUUGAUAGUGAAGAUGAGAAUUUGGAAUGCAGUCUAGAUGAUGACGACGACGACGACGAUGAUGUAGUAUUUGUGCCACUGCAAGAAAUUCUCUCUUCAAGUCCCAAGCCACAGGCAGGAACCCCAGAGGAAUCUUGUCUUGACAGUUUUUCUCAGGAAACCAUGAGUCCGUUACUGAAGCUUCAUCUUUCUAAGCCUCCUGUUGUUAGCCAGGUGUCGUAUGUGAACAGCUUAGAAAAUCUCCUGAAGGAGAAAGCAGAAUCUAAAAGGGUAGAUGAACUAGAAAAGCAGCUACAGGAAGACAUCCAAAGGAGGGAAACUGAUUCUUUAGAUGGAGACGAUGAGAAUGCCCGUGGAGAUGAAGACCUCUCAGAAGAGCACAGGGCAUUUAUAAAGAAGUUUUCAGUAAUAGCUGAUGCUAUACCUGACUACCACCCUGGAGAAGAUAUAUUUGAUUUAUCGACCUCUGGGAAAAUCUUCAGUCAACAUAACCUUGGCUUGAGGAAUUUUCAUUUCAUCCCUCGGAAUCCUAUAGAAAAGCUCCUUCUCAGUUCUGGUGUAACCCAGCAGCUCUCCUUAGCUGUUAAUGGUUUUCUAAGUUCUGCUUACAGCUGUAUCUUGUGUCCCAUACCGAUUCUCAAGUGGCUUUUCCAGAUGAUGUCUGUUCAUCCUGACUAUUGUGUUUCCACCCAGAUUUUAGACAGAUUGAUGGAGAUAACACUAAAAAAUGCUUCCAUCAGCGAUGAACAGUCUAAACCAUGGAUUCCUUCACUGGCCGAUGUGUCAGCUGCUUUUGUCAAUAUGGGUGUUGCUUUUAGAUCUCUCUUCCCAUUGCAGCAUCUUCAGCCCAGCUUUAAUGAGUGUGAUAUUUUAAGUGAGAUGGAAGAAACAGUGAGUAAACAACAGGCAAGAGGAGACCUAACCUGUGCCAGUCCAGCCUUUUCCAGUCUACCAGAACACAAUUUAAUUAAUGUGAUUAAGUUUCUAGGUUUCUGUACAACGGUAAUUCAAGGUGGAUAUACUGAUCAAGAAAUACUGCUGCUGCUUCUAUUGCUAUUUAAAAUAAGCUUGGAGAAACAGUUGAAGCAAAUUCCUUUGAUAGAUUUUCAGUGCCUUUUCAUAAAGCUUCUGAUAAGCAUAGAAGACUGGGAUACAAAGAUGCCUGAGCUGUGCCUGGCAGUGAGUGAACUCUCCAGUCACCACCAUAAUCUCCUGUGGCUGGUUCAACUGGUCCCCAGCUGGGUAAUACGUGGACGGGAAGUAAGAAGACGUCUUAGCCUAGUGAUUAUUUCAAAGCUGCUUAAUAAAAACCAUACAGGGAUACCUGAUGACAGUGACAAGCAGAUGUCUCUUCUGCUUCAGUAUCUGGUGUACAUGAAACCUUCUAACCUGCUAAAGAAGAUGAGAGGAGGAGUGGAGCAGCAGAAUGCAGAUGGAGACCACCUUCAGACAGAGCUAGAACAGGAGGCAUACUACCUAAUCUACAUCCUCCUCCAUCUAGUCAGCGAAGCCAGUUUCUUCGAUGUUGUAAAUUCUAAUCAAAGGCAACACUUACUGAAGCUUUGUGGUGCCUUAGAUAAGCACAUAAAAUGUGAUAUUAGGGAAGAUGCAAGGCUGUUUUAUCGAACUAAGGUAAAAGAUUUAGUUGCUAGGAUAUAUGGGAAAUGGCAAGAUAUGAUACAAACCACUCGGCCUACUCAGGGAAAACUGCAUGACUUCUGGGAGCCAGAUUCAUGAAACCUUGCCUAGUUCAGGGAAAAUAACAGAACAACUCUGAAACCAAGGAAGAUGUAGAAUGAAUGGAGCUUCACCUUGGUCGGAACAGAAGAAAUCAGUCACCUGAGUUAGAAGUUGAGCUUGAUUCAGGCAAAUAGUAGGAACACAAGGAGCUAAUUUGACUAACAUUGUUUUUAAUACACUAAUUCUGAAAAAUUGAAGUGGGUAAACUGAGAAAAAAAAAAAAAACAAACAAACCAGCUAUUUCUAUAGCCCUGUUUGAAUUGGCUAGAAAUAUUUUAUCGGAUGGAAACCUGAGGGAAGCUUUCUUGUUCCUGUUGUUAAUCACAAGAGUUAUUUGAAAACCAUAUGUACCUGUUUUCUUGCCAGCACACACCUGCAAGUGUUGUUUUGGGAUGGCUGGGAAAGAGCUGCCCCGUGACAUUGAAUGUGAGCUCAGAAACAGUGUUGGACCUUCCCCUGUUGUGAGCAGGUGAGGAGGUGGUUCAGAACUGGGGUGAGUAACAGAACUGCCUGCACACAGAAUUGGUGUGACCAUCCAGUGUCUCUAAAACAUAUAAAAUAUGGCAGUUGCAUGUGAGCAAUUGGCUGCUCUCGUGUUGCUUUGAGGGUGGAAACGGAGCUGAAGAGUUGGCUGUGCCCAAAAAGGUUAAGUGGGUGCUUCUUUCCUCUGUGGUUGUGUUUUAUCCAGUAAGAAAAUAGAAUUUUUUAUGACAGUGAUGCAUUCAUUUUAACUGAAUUUCCUCACCUCCCGACAUGAUUUGUGCAGUGGAUGUGACUGCACAGGAAGCGUUUCUAUAAAACCAAGUUACAAAUGAAACCUUAUUACACCGGUAGUGUUGUUGUCAGUGCUUUUUUAAGAGAGAAGCAUAAUUGUUAUCUGGCUUCAGCGCUUUCUCCAAAGUGAGAAAAUACUCAUUCUAAAAUAGCAGCUCUGGAGUUUCGAGGAGCUGAGGGUUUGGCCCGGGUGUGUAAAAGCUGUGGGUGCUGUAGGAGGUCCACGUUCCUUUGUGUGUGUGCAAAGCUCCAAGAGCUGCUUGGGAAAUAACCAGAGGAAAAUGCAGUCUCCUUCUGCACUCUCCGUGCAAAUGCCAUUAUUUCAAUCUUACACUGUGGUUUUUUUCCUGUAGGAUGUGUGUGUAUAUAUGAAGAGAAGGUUUAAAAUAUUGAGUAGAGGCACCAGCUGGUGCUUAACAAGUGAGAUUUUUAAUAAUACCAACAUGUACGUUUUAUAAUACUGGUUCCUUUUAAUUUUUGUAGAUGACUGUCUUGUCUUGUAUGGUGAAUUCCCUACAACUUUCUGAGAUGAGAAUGUAAAAAUAAGGCUUAAAAAAAAAAAAAACUUCAGAUUUAAUUAUGUAUAUUUCAUAUAAAGGAACUGCUACAUAAUGGACACAUGUCUUCUAGGGAAAGUGUCUUAUUUGCAAAUUCAUAUUAAAUGUUUUGUCUUUCAUUUCAAAUGUUAGAGAGUCAGCCUGAGACUGCAGCAGCUCCGUGCCCUUCCCAGGGUAAUCAGCUUAUCUUCCUUCAACCACAAGUUACGCUGCUGGCAUUGUCCAGGGGAGGGAAGGAAGAGAAAAUCCCUUUUUUUGUUGUGUGGUUUUGGUUUUUUUUUAAUCUCAACACGUUGUUUAAGAAUUGGAAGAAUCUACCUCAAAGGGUAUCUUUGUUUUUGGCAAUAGAACUGCUUAAAACAAACAAACAAAAAAGACAUGGUGGUUUAUAGGUAUGGAAAUGCUUUCCUUUUCUCUGCCUGACUCCGAUAGCGGAUGCACCUUCCCUCUGGUAGCAGUUGCUUACUCUGUUGAAUAUAUUGUAUGUAAUUUUAUUAAUGUUUAUAUUUCUUCCUCACUAAUGUUGUAUAAAAUUGAAAAACCUUGCAGAAUGGUUACUGUACGUAACGUGUAUAUAUUUUUCUUACCAUGUAAAGUGUAAGUUGCUGUCCUGUAUAUUUUGGAGAAGGAAAGGGGGAGGGGUUUAGAUGAACAGCUUUUGUACUGCAGUUCAAGCACGUUGAAACUGCUGGGGUGGUGUUUGUUUUGUUGUGUUUUUUUUUUUUUUUCCAGAUGAA